AGUAAAAGUAUAUUCAUCUACAAAAGAAGGCUGUUUCAACAAACGACCACAAGUGGUUAAAAACAAUGUAAUCUACACCGUAUUGGGUAACAAAAAUCGUUUAAGAAACCUCCAGACAAUCUAAGUGAACGCGAAAGAAGAAAAUAUUAUGGGACUUUCCGUACUUCGAAGAAACUUGCCUGAGCCGCUUUCAGACUACACAAGCGACAUAAAAUUGGAUACAAACCCCAAAAAUAUCCCGCUUUGUAACCAUGAUUAUAGAGUUAUUGGUCGUGAAAGGGUAGAUAUGGCUAAUGUGGUAGUUCCUCGCCGACAAAAUAAUCUGAUAUCGAACAUAGGAUAUAUAUUUGACGAACCUGAUAACGGUUCCAAAACAAAAUCAAAUAUUCAAGAGACCAAUAAUAUUGUAAAUGUUUCACAAUCAAGCUUAGAGACCGCAGUAACGUCUGACCCAGAAUUCGAAUCGAGACUCCGAACAUUCGAAGAGUGGCCCAAUCCCCACGUGUCUAAGGAAAGUCUAGCAAAAGCGGGAUUUGUCUAUACCGGAGAAGAUGAUAUUGUCCAGUGCCCGGUAUGCAAAAUAGAGGGACACCGCUGGGUUUCUGGUGAUAUUCCAAUGGAGGAUCACAGGGUUUGGAGUCCAAAUUGCCCCUUUGUAAGACGUAAUAUAGAACACGAUCAUUCCGAGGGCGGUGCCAGAAGAUCAUUAGAUACUUGUGGUAUACGCGGCAUAGAAAUCUUCCCCAAUUCAAUUCCCGAGGACAAUAAAUUAGAUUACAAGCGAUUAGGCAUCCAUAAAAUUAAGUCGCCAGUUAACGAAGACAAAAUUACCGUAGAGAGCCGGUUAACCACUUUUGAGAAUUGGCCCAAAUCGUUAAAGCAAAAGCCCGCCGAGCUAGCAGAGGCAGGUUUCUACUAUACCGGCGUGGGGGAUCAGACGUUGUGCUUCUACUGUGGCGGGGGUCUCAAAGAUUGGGAAGAGGAUGACGAUCCCUGGGAACAGCACGCGCUGUGGUUCAGCAAAUGUAUAUUCGUGAUCCUGAAAAAGGGGGUGGACUACAUCGAGAAAGUUAAACGCGAGAAAGACUGUCAGCUCUCCCUGCCCUCCUCCAGCCAGGAGGCUAAAGCCAAAGAGGAGCCGGCUUCGGGUGCUCCGGAAUUAAGUGGGCAGUGCGAAAAGUUCGCGGGUAAAGAAUCCGAGGCAGCGGAAAAAACUCUGUGUAAGAUCUGCUUUAAGAAUGAAUUAGGUGUGGUAUUCUUGCCUUGUGGACAUAUUGUAGCUUGUGUGGAUUGUGCUGCCGCUUUAAAAACAUGUGCCGUCUGCAGGAGACCCUUAGAGGCUACGGUCAGGGCGUUCCUCUCAUAAACAGACACUCUAUCUCUAACUUGAUCACUCUAUUUCAAAAAACUUCUAGUUCUAGUCAAGUUUAUUUGAUUUUCAAAUUUAUGUUAAUAAAAAAUUACAUAGAAGGACUUUUUUUGUCUAAUAUUAGGAGAUAUAUUUUUAUACGAUCUCAGUACAAAUUCUAUUAUAAUAACUUUCUUAAUUUUAAGUCACACAGAACACUACGCUUCAUUUUAAAUUUAGAUGUAAGGUUUGAAACGCUUAAUACACCCCUACAUAGAUCAUUAAUGACUGCGAAUCAUAUCUCUUGUAAACUAAUAUCUACUAGUGAUCAACUAUUGUUUUUUCGAGACAUUUUUAUUAUACUGACGCAUCAAUUUUCAUGUAUGAUUGUCUGUAUGUUUCAUAAAGAAUAUAAUAUAAUUUAUAAUAA